AUGCAUGCUUCACUCAACGUCGACAGUCGACAGUCGACAGUCGACACUCACAAAAGCUGCUGCAAAGAGCUGAGCACACUCGGCUGCGUUCAGUGUCGCUUUGAACGGCGCCGCGACGAGGUGUAUCUCUGUAAGCUUUUCGGUGCUUUGCCACUGUUUGCCGGCACGGAAUCAGUGAAUCAGUGGUGCGGAACUUUAAAAGUUCCCGACUCUUACUCCACACGGAUCAUGGACAGCUAUCAUGUACAAACGCAGCAGCACAGUUACGGCAGUAACUGCACGAAUGCCAGCAACCGCCAUGGUGGAGGCGCCCCAGCAACAACGACGAUCUACACCAACCCACAUGCGUACCCGGUAGCUACAUUCAACUACGCCACGAUGAGCUACGCUCACUCCGAAGGUGGAUCGGUGUCACCACCACCAUCACCUCGCUCCAACAGCUCCAUCUCGUCGGCCUACUCGUCCUCGUCAUCGACUGGCGCGUCUCUGUCCGUGUCGUCCGGUUCGUCCUCGUCCUCGUCCGCAUCGUCGACGUCAUCCUCAUCGUCCUGUAUCUCGUCGGCUGGCUCGGAAACCGGAGCGUCCUACGAACAUCUGGACAUUCCGGCCCAGCGACUGGCGGUGCUUUCGUUCGAGCAGGUGAUGAAGCUGAACGACGUCAUGAACGAGCCGGUGUCGAUCCACGGUCGUGGUAACUUCCCGACACUGGAGGUGAAGCUGAAGGAUCUGGUCAACAUCGUGCGCGAGAAGCUGGAGACGGACGUGGCGGCCGGCGGUGCAGGAAUGAGGGUGAAGGACAUCCGCCUGAACGGCGGCGCAGCUAGUCAUGUGUUGGCAUCCGAGCCGCAGCCAUACAACGAUCUCGAUCUGAUCUUUGCCGUCGACUUCAGUACGAGCCGGAGCUACGACCGUGUCAAGUCGGCCGUGCUAUCCUCCCUGCUGGACCUCAUGCCUGAGGGUGUGGUGAAGCGCAAGAUCACGCAAUGCUCGCUCAAGGAGGCGUACGUCGGCAAGAUGGUGAAGGUGAACAGUGACGGUGAUCGCUGGAGCCUAAUUUCGCUCGGCAACUCGCCCGGCCACAAGAACGUCGAGCUGAAGUUUGUCGACACGAUGCGCCGGCAGUUCGAGUUCAGUGUCGACUCGUUCCAGAUUGUGCUCGAUUCGCUGCUGCUGUUCUACGACUGCGCCGAGAUGCCGAUGAUCACGGAGAACUUCUACCCGACCGUGGUCGGUGAGUCGGUGUACGGUGACUUCCAGGAGGCGCUCUACCAUCUGCAGAAGAAGCUGAUCUCCACACGCCAGCCGGAGGAGAUCCGGGGCGGUGGUUUGCUCAAGUACUGCAACCUGCUGGUGCGGAACUACAUGCCGGUCGACACGCAGCGCAUCAAGACGCUCGAGCGGUACAUGUGCUCUCGGUUCUUCAUCGACUUCCCGGACAUUGGGCAGCAGCGCAGCAAGCUGGAGUCGUACCUGAAGAACCACUUCUUCGACGAGGGCGAAGAACACCUCCAGCACCAGUACCUGAUGCAUUUAUUCGAGGUCGUCGAGCAGUCGACCGUCUGUCUGAUGGGGCACGAGCGCCGUCAAACGCUCAUGCUGAUAGAGUCCCUUGCCAUGGCGAUCUACUACCGCGACCAGCAGCAGCACCAACACCAGCAGCAGCAGCAACAGCACACGACUGGACUGAUCGCCGCAGCUCCUGGCAGUGCUCACUCUCAGCAGCAGCAGCAACAGCAGCACUCUACGCUCCAGUUGCAAACGCAGAUGUCUCAUCUCUCACUGUCACCGCAGCAGCUGUCCCCACAAUCGCCCACGAUGCUGGUACACUCACCUGCUCAUCAUCCACACCAGGCGACGUCACAAACCCAGCAGCAGCAGCAGCAACAGCAGCAACAGCAACUCGCAUCUCCCCAGCAGUGCCAGGUGUCAGCACAGCAGCAACAACAGCAGCAACAGCAGCAACAAUCCUCCCAACAGCAACAGCCACCCACGGCAACGAUUGCGCAGACUCAGACCAUUACGCUGGCCCCACAGCCUGGUCUGCUGUACGCGAACGGUAUCUACUACGCCCCACUCAUUCCUUACACACCGUGCACGUGCAACAGCUGGAUAACGACGUGA